CAGUCAGUGAGAAGGAGCUGCCCUGCCCCCAGAGCCGGAGAUAGAGCAGGGGGGUAGGGGGAGUCCCGGGGACAUGGCGGAGAAAGGAGACACUGAGGUGGAAGAAGCCGGCCAUGUCUUCCUGCUGAUGAAGAAAGAUUAUCGGAUUUCCCGCAAUGUUCGUCUUGCUUGGUUCCUCUCCCACCUGCAUCAGUCGGUCUCUGCAGUCCCCGAGUCCGAGUUGGGACUACAUGACAGCGAACUUGAGGUUGUUGGCAUCAUACCUCAUGGCUGGCAACCUGAUGAACCUGUUCCAGCGGGUCCAUUUCUCCUGGUACCAUCCACAUGGGUCACUUUCCUGGCACGGCAAUACCGCUUUGUAAUAGAAUUGGACCUCAGCCCUUCUACUGGGAUUGUGGACGAUUCCACGGAGGAGAUUAUUUUUGAUGAGAUCUUCCAUUCGCUUUCACGAUGUUUGCUUGGUCUUCUCCGGCCUUUCCGCAUCCCCGGAUCCAACAUCCUUUUCCAGCCGGAGAUAUUUGUCACCAUUCAAGCCUAUUCUUCUAUUGUGGGACUUCAGAGUCACCAGGUCCUGGUUCAGGGAUGCCAGCUGGAAGAACAGAAGCUGCAGGCGUUUCUACAACAGGUCUAUCUUCAGUUAGGGGCCUUUGAGAAUAAGGUUGCAGAGAUGCUACAGCAACAGUAUCAACCGCAAUCUCAGGAUUGUGUCCCUCAGUAUGGGAGUCAGCCAGCAGGAAAAAAAGGUGGUGUGUCUAUGGUAACAGCCGACAUUGGCUUGGUUACCAUGAUACGGCAGGGUAUUUUAGCCCUACAGCUGCUACCAGCCAAUUCAAAUGCAGGAAUCAUUGUGAUCACUGAUGGAGUCACGAGUGUCCCAGAUGUGGCAGUGUGUGAGACGUUAUUGAACCUGCUGAGAAGCAGCACCAUCGCUUGCUCGUUUGUACAGGUCGGAGGAGUGUAUUCCUAUGACUGCAGCUUUGGCUACGUCCCUAAUGUAGAACUAAUGAAAUUUAUCGCAAUGGCCACUUUAGGAUCCUACCUUUCUUCCUGUCCCGAACUGGAACCAGGACCCCCAGACAUAAAUGUCUACCACAAGGCUUUCUUGCUGUAUUCCUUCCUCCGUACUGGGGAAGCACUAAACCCAGAGUAUUACUGCGGUUCCCAGCACAAGCUUUUCAACGAGCAUCUGGUGUCGGCAAGCAGCAAUCCCGCUCUGGCCAUGCGCCGAAGGAAACACGCGGAGAAGGAGGUGCACGCAGAUCUUGUCAGUGUGGUGUCCGUACGGCUCAGGGAGGGCUACAGCAUUCGCGAGAUCCGCAUCGUCAAAGGUAUGUUGGAGGUGAAACUUGUCCUUCUUUGGAAACACAACAUGCGAGUUGAGUACCUAGCGAUGGCACCUUGGCCCCUGGAUCCCUCCAACCGCAGCACAAGAGUAGAGGUUGUCAUGGAAGGAAGCUACGAUAUACUUCACGAUAUCAGCUGCACGUUGAAAAAGCCCAUCACAAGCAUGUACAGAACUAGUGUCAUUCGACGGUUCUGGAAUACCCUCCAGAGCAUUAGCCAGACAGACCAAAUGUUGGUUCACCUGAAGUCAUUUGACACUGUGCCUGAGCAUUUCAAAAUCCCUGAAAGUACAAAGAAUGGCGUCCCACUGUUCUACAUCCCCCCUGGGUCUACAACGCCUGUGUUAUCACUCCAGCACAGUGGCUCUGAUUCCAGUCAUUCCCAGUUUGCCUCCUACUGGAAACCCAUUCUCUCAAUGGAUGCCAAUUUCUGGCAACGCUGGCUGCACGUGCACCGUAUUGUGUUACUGUUGGAGCACGACAUGCCAGUUCCAAAGCACCUUCAUACCCCUGGAAACAAUGGCCGAUACAGCACAGUUCUGUGUCGUAUUGCUCACACGGCACUCACGUCGCUACUACGGGACUGGAGUAGUUUUGUACUUGUGGAGGGCUAUUCUUAUGUCAAGCUGAUGCUAAGCGCUCUGGACCAGUCACCUUCCUCGUUCUGCGUGGUGCGAAUCAUUUGGAAAGCCCCCUGCAUGGUUCUUCGGCUGGGAUUCCCUUUAGGAACUCCAGCACACAGCAGGAACAAGAUCGUGGAGGAGCUGAGGGACCGGAUCCUUCAACUUCGCUUCCCACAUAGAGUGCAGAGCAAAGAAACUACGCCAAAGGUGAAAAGGAAGGUGUUUGGCGUUAGCUCACCCUCCAGAUCUCCACCACCCCAGGUGCCUCCUCCAGCCUUCUCAGACAGGCCCUGCCUGGUCUUAUUGCACAAGCCUUUGGAGAAGCUGCUCAUAAAGUAUGAUAAAUUGCCUUUGGAUUACCGGACUCCAUUCAUCUUGAAUUUGGAGAGUCUGGCCCAGCACGCCUCGGUGCCUGGGCCUCUAACAACCAAUCGCUCGGCCUCUUCCACUCUUGCUUCCCUAUCCCGCUACUUUUACCAUCAGAGAUGGAUUUGGUCUGUUCAAUCAGGGUGGGCCACAACUGUGCCCACAACAUCCUUGGCACAGAUCCUGUCUACACUUACUGAGAUACGUCUCUCUGAAGGAUUCCAUUUUGCUUCUAGUGGAGAAGGAAUUAUUAACAUGGUGUUGGAAGUUCCUAUACAAAGUGACUCUCUAAGUGAUGGAAGCAUAGAAAAGCACAGCUGCAUAAUCCAAUACAUUCUAUUCCCACCCUACGUGACCUCCACCAAGGACAGCUUUUCAACAGAUGAGGAUAAUGACACGGAGGUAGAAGCCAUAGAGCAGGACACUGAGCUGCAUCUGGUUUCCGAGUGCUGGGUUGAGCCACAAAGUGGGCUUGUGAUGGGCAGCAGUGAAAGCUGGAGGCAUUUGCAGGGGCUGACAUAUUCUGAGAUACCUCAGGCACUUUUUCCAAGAGACCAAAGUUGUAUAAACAUCAUGCUAACAUUUGAGUAUAUAGUGCAGCUGUGCCAAAAUAAAGAUGGGGGAUCCCCUGUCCUGGGGAAAAUGGAAAGUACAGAUCCUCCGGAGCAUAUUGGACAGUGCAUACGAGAAGUCCCUUUCCACCUUGAUCUAUUGAAACUGCUGCCAAAAUGUCAACAAAUUGAAAUGUUUCUUCUGACCCUAAGCAGAGCAGAGUCUGAGGAAACGUCGUUGGAGGCCUCGCUGCCCAACGAUAUGCUGCUGAGCCUGUUUCAUAGCUGCCUUCUGAAUGACAUCAAUGAUCGCGAGAUCCCACUUUCAGAACAGGAUCACGUGGCCUUUAUGGAGCAAGUUCUGGAACGUGACCGUGAGGGGCAUUCCAGUCCAUUCUCGUUCUCUAAAGAAGAGCAGCCGACAACAUCGGUACCGGCAGAUGUCCUGGAACCCUCUCCGUCACCACAAAACAGUACUUACCGGGAGUUAUCAAACUCUUCUAGUAACUUACAGAGUCCAUGCCUCACAGAGGUGGCUGAAGAUGGCAGGACGACUACUUGCUCUGAGGGCGCCCCUCAGUGGCGCUGCUAUGCCCGACUGGUCAAUCCACAACAUCUGCUUUUGACUUUCCUCCCGGCUACUUUCUCAGACGCACAGAAACUGAUGACCCCCCAGGAUCUGUCUGUGACGUUAGAGGGAAAUACAUCUCAGGGCGACUCGACCGCUUCCAGCACAACAAUUCCCACACUCAGUGUCACCCCAGCAUUGGGUAGCGGACAAGAUGGAGAGCAGAAGAGAGAAAUACACAUCUCCUUCAGCCGACAACCUUCUAUGCAAGACGCAAGCUCCCCCCGCCGCCUCCGCUGCCCAGUUUACGUGUAUAAUUGCCCACUGGAGGCACUGCGGGAACUAUUGAUCAACCCUCGGCAGCAGAGACUCUCCUGUGAUGUGUUUUUCAGCGAGUUUAAACUACAGGAGUCAGUGUCCUGGGCAGUCUUUCAGGAAUUGAAAACCAGGUCGCAAUCGCAGGAGCGGACCCCCUCGAUUCCCUCGAUCCACCCCAAGCAGAAGGAACUAGUCAACUACUGCAAUUUGUUGCAAGAACAUUACCAUCAGUGCUACGUUAAAGGGCUGUUCAAAGCGCUUCAGCAAUCUCUCUGGGUGUCCCACCAAGACCUGCUUACUGCGGUAGAUUACUGUGAGGAGCAGCUGCAGGAGAUCGAUAUCACCAACUUCCUGAUGACGCUUUGUGGACAUCUACGUUCUUUCCGCGAGUCCCAUCCGAGAAUGCAUGCCAUCAGAAAAGCCAGCUUCCGCAUCGGCAGCCUAGACCAGGAGGAUGAGACAGGCGUACGAGACGCUACCGCUCUUUACUCCGAGUCCAGUGCGGAUACCGAGGAAUGCAGUGAACAUGAACACCAGACGAUGUCCGCCUUUGAGCCUCACAGCAGCACGCACUCGGAAUUCCCGCUGUCCCUCCUGGAUACCGGACAGACCUGUGAGGUGUCGGCUGAUCUGCACAGGGUCAUCCAGGACAAAUUCCUUGCGAUAGGAAGCUUACACUUUAAGACAGUGCCUUCAAACCCUCAUUACUUCUUCUACUGCCCUUCGUCUCCAAAGAAAGAGGAGGAUCCCCCUCUGGAGGUGGAAACCCGGAAGCUCAGUGAGGACGUGGAAGUGUCAGACGCAGAGCUGGCUGUUGAGGAAGGCACAUCAGCAGGAGGCGUCACUACAGAAAGUGACCCCGACCUGGAGGUGGAAUAUCGCGAGCACUCGGAUAACGCAGGAUCCCCGUCUGAGUCAGAGACCGUGAAUCAGGACGAAGACUCGUUCAGCGUUCUGGGGGGAGACUCUUUGAACGGACAAGACCUUACCGAGCACGAGAUGCCUCCGCUCUUUGUUCACCUCAUCUGUUCAGUGAGCCACAAAAACCAGCAUGGAUCCAUGGCUGUGCUCACGCUACCAACUUGUCUGGGUGAGGUUAUUGGCUGCCUGGAGAACAGAGCUGUCCUGGAAAGCAUUUCUCUGGGGGAUCUGAGCGUCAUGCUGGAUAUAUAUGUGCUGACGUUACCGCUGGAGAUUGAGGGAGUGAAUGGUGACUCCCAGCACACUCGGUACACCUCGGAGAGUAGCAUGUCUUUCCCGCGCUCCCCUGCACAGCCAUCUUCAUACCGGUCCGAUGAAGAGAUCCCUCCUGUCCUUGAGAGGUUCCCAUCCAAUGUGGACCAAAGAUACUCUGCUCUUUCCAGACUUCCUGCAGAGCACAGACAGGCCAUAGACUUCACAAUGAACGAGAUUCGGUGGUUGCUUGAAGAUGAGCUGGUGUCAGCCCUUCGACAUUCCCGCAUCAUCACCCGCUUAGUCCUGCGGAAGGUUCUCUCCCAUGUCUGUGAAUCAGAAGGAAGGCCGCAUUGUCACCGGGAACUGGUGCAGCUCCAGUUUGUCUUUGGGCCAGAGCAAUCUCUGCAGAAGUUUAAGGAGGAAUUCCGCCGUCUUUCUUUGUCUGGCUACCAGCUGAAUGAAGAAGAGGAGGAUUAUUACUAUGUGUCAUUGAGCAGGCUCCAUCGUGCUCAUCGGGUGGUAAACACCGUGGCAAAGGGUCUUGGCGCGCAGACAGAUACUCCCUGGCAGGAGUCAGUGGCCGGUUCAAACGCUGAGCAUGUGCAGGAGGGGGCAGAAACAAAAGCCCCAGUUCGGGAUAACAGCGCCAACGAGAAGGUAUCGGACGAAGCAGGUGAAUGGGGCCUGAAUGUUGCGGAGGUUUCGGAUAGUGACGUGUCGUCUGUAGUGUCUGGAAUGUCCAUCCUGGACCAGAGCAGUAAAACGGCAUCUGAACCAUUAACUACAGAGAAGACGGGCACCCCGACAAAAACAUCAUCAGAGGUCAGCCUGCCCGAGUCGGUGCAGUCUGGGGCCGCGACCAGUUCAGGUGGACUGAGACAGCGACCCAGCCGCGUGCAGAGUUUGGUCUCAAGUCAUGGCAGCAUGGACUCCGAUCAAUUGGGAUAUGACGGUGGCAGCAGUGACUCCGAAUGUGAAGAUGCGCUGAUAAGUGAUCAGGAUUCGCGCUGCCCCUUGAUGCCAGACUUCUGGCUCAUUGUGAAGAUUCAUCAGGAUCGAGUUGAAGUGUGCACUCACGCCAGCGUUGGCGCUUCUCAAGAUGGAGUGGACGAAGUCACGGAGAGCGAGGUGCUGCACCAGCUUGUAGUGAGAAAAGUAGGCGAAAUAUGUCGGGUUGUGAACCAGCGCUUACUGCUGCAGGAUCUGCAUGACACCCACUUGUGCAACACGUUGCUGGUGGCUGAGAGCGAAGAGGACAUCUGGAAGAGCGAGAGUCCGUAUGCCUCGUACCGACAGAGAAUCCUCACCAGUGAAGAUUACUCUGGAGAAGAGAGCUACCAGCCGCGGGAUUAUUUGGCAGCCACGAUGCACUUUAUACCCGGACACUUUGCCUGCGACGUGGUCUGGAGAACAGUGAUACAUAUUCAUCCGCGGCUCAAAAUGGGACCCAACAUGGGUGUUUCAAGGGCUAUUCAGUCUCUGCGGUCCGUGCUGAACGCCUUCUCGGUGGUGAACAGGAAAAACAUGUUUGUUUAUCAGGAGCGCUCCACCAAAGCGGUAUUUUAUCUCAGACUGUCUGAAACCUCCAGCAACAGCCGAAUGUGGGACUUGGACUCAUCUCAGUCCACGAUGUCUCGUUCCUUAGCGCUGUCCCGCAGUCAGGAGCCUAUUUAUUCAGAAGAGAUCGUGGGGAGCCGCAUGUCCUUAGACUUGGCGUCCUCCAGAAGUACCGACUCUUCACGCCCUGUGGGACAGACGGACAAACACAUUCUUCUUCUUGUGCAUGGAGUUGGAGAAGCAGGGUCGGAGAUCACAGAUGAUUUGGUCAAGGUGCUCCGGAAACGCCUCGAUGAGGCGACACUAGACGUUAUCACGGUAAUGCUGCAGAGGAAUUGCAAACUGACACCUGCAGACGUGGAGUUCGUCCAGCCCAGAGGAACCCCUCCGACAGAGGUGCUGCUGUUCACAAUCCCACGGUCCUCGCUGUCAUGUCUUCAAGCCAUGGCGUACUACCUGCGCCAGAACCUGCUGAUCUUCCUGCAUACUCCGAAAUACACAGACAGUAACGGAGAGCAUCAUUUCCAGCACUACUAUCACAGCUCGCUGCCAGAACUGGACCUUUUCUUAUACAAUAAACCCGGAGGUCAAGGCACAGGAGGCAAAGGCAUUGCCUGCAUUGCACUUUCAUUUGUGGAUCAACACGGUUCUUUGAUCACUCAGGCGUAUGGUGAUCGUCCGCCUGUGGUCACCUGCCCUGUGUCUUCAGAUCUCCGCGCUGGCACGUUCGAUUCUCUCACCGAAGUAAACAGAUUUGAUCCGGAAUCCUGUCCUGAAAAUUCAGAACCGUUGACCUUGGUGCGCUUCGACGUGUGGGAAAAGGGAAACAUCAGCUCCUCUCAAUUAUCAGAGCGUCUCUGCAACUCCCUGCGUCAUGCCCUGUGUGAUGUGAUCAUAGAGUUUACCAUCUUGCAGAUGCCCCUCUGUGUGGACCCUUUAACAUCCGCAGACCAAGAGGCUUCAGUUAAUGGCAAGUGCCCUUCGCAGUCCCUCCCAGACAUGAAGGGAUUGGAGCAGUCUUCUACCAAGCCCCGCCCUCCGCCCGUGAGCAUUCCGCCCUCUACCCCGCCUUCCAGCGCGGAACCAAUCACUCCUCCCAGCAAGAGCGGACGUCGGAGCUUUUGGGAUAUGCUGAGUAAGCCAGACAGUGGCGAGCUGGGUCCUCCCAAAACCACCGACGACAUUGUUAGCGAACGCACAGAGGAGCCACGAACGCGCAGGCGGCACAAGACCGAGAGUCUGAAAGCGCCAAGUUACCCGGACCGACAUGGCAUAGGCAUGGAGCAUGCGCAGAGGAAGCGACAGAUCCAGUUGGAGGAAGGAGACGUCGGAUCCUUGCACACCGUGUACAGUCACACCUGCCUUCAGUGGAUGAACUUCAUGAGUCAACUAGGGUGUCCGUCGGUCCAGCUGUGCUCAGCGCAGACCGUUUCACGCUUUCUCCUUCCCUCGGUGCUGCAGGAACUUUUCAGCGUUAUCACAUCCUUGGCAAGUGACACCAGCGUGAGAGUGUUUGAAAAAGUCACAGGGGCCGAGGGACCGGAAUUUGUUCCUUACUGCCCUGGCCAGCAUAGCCCACCGCGGCCCGCCGCUGCUCGGGAGCUUAUAGUCCUGGGACGUAACUUUCACCUGUGGCGAUCCAACACAGGACAAGUGUGCGAAGGAGAUGAUGAUGUGGUAUACAAGGUGGAAAUGUCACAAAAAGGCUUCCAGCGUUUCGAAGCCAUGGAGCUCGGAUCCGCAGAGAGAUCUUUGGACCUUUCAUCUCCGCAUCGGGGUUUGGCCCCCCGACAGCGGUUUCUCAUAAUUGAGAUUCAAGACAAAAAGCUCACCCUGUACACGUAUAACUGGUCCCCGGACCUGGGCGCGUCGUUGAGUCGCUCGCUGGUGCGUCUGAUCCAGUGGCAGAACGCGCGGGCCCACGUGGUGCACUGUCUCUUGAGCCAGAAAAUGGGAUUGUUCCAUCACUAUUGCUUCGCUGACACCCCAUGGCAUGAAGACAGCAAGCAGGAUCCCAAUCCCUUCCUAAAUUCCAGCCUUGAUGUGGACGCCCUGAUCAGGAGCCCCACGCCGCCCCCUAACAAGGAGCAAACGCGGCUCAGUACGUCCGGACGCAGUCUGCCGACGCUGCACUUUUCCCCAGACAUGGUGCCUUUCGAUGAAGUUCUUCGGGACGUCAUGCCGGUGAAACCCAUGCAUCUCUCCUCGGAACUGGACACGGUGUCUCGGCACGGAGCUCAAUUUCUGGAAAUUAAAAGCACUGAGAGGAAAGAGGUGGAAAAGCAGUUAAAAAUCGAGAAUUUGUUUGUGACCUGGCAGCAGAGGUCAGCCCAGUCCAACAUGCCCAUAAGCGCUGCGGAUUUAGACGCCCUGAAGCAGUCGGCGCGCCUCGUUCAUUACUGUGCCACCCCGCUCCUGUUUGACCCUUCCUUUCAAGCGCAAGUUCAGAACGACCAGGACAGAAGUGGAGGCAAGAAGCGCCAUCGCUCCAAUGACUCCGGCACGUCGGGAAGGGACCGAAGCCAUAGCUGUGAUUCGGCAGAGAUGCCCCCGGGAAAGGGCAAAGAGGAACCGUGGCUUCAGGAGCUGUGCACUGCAUUCAUGCAACAAUAUAUCCAGUACCUCCAGAGCACCGGCUUCAUCCUCGUGCAGCUACGGCCAGCGUCUCCAGCUCGCAGCACGGCUCGGAUAAGGGCUACCCCGGCCUUGGUCCCAGAGAGCAGAGCUACUAAGCCAAAGAAUGACGGGAGCCCUAAGAGCGGCUGUGCUACAGUUACCACCUACCACUUGCAGAGGGCACUCCCUGGGGGUAUAGUACUCAUGGAGCUUUCCUUCCAGGGCUGCUAUUUCUGUGUGAAGCAGUACGCGCUCGAAUGCUCCCGUAUCCCUAUGGGCCAGUCUGUCAACUCCCAGGGCACCCUUUCGAUGAGACCUCAUAGCAGGAGUGCCCCUGAAAUUCCCUCCGAGUCUGCGCUCUCCAUGCUCUUCACGGAGGAGUGUGACAAAGUUCGGGACCUGAUGCACGUUCAUUCAUUCAGCUAUGACUUCCACCUUCGGGUCUUACACCAGUACCUUCUGGGUUCCAGCAUGUGCCUUCGCCAGGGGUACGACCUGGCGAGCUUCCUCCAGCUCUUCAUUUCUCAGCACCCGGACAUCCCCAAGUACGGACGCAACCACGUGUACCAGGGCAUGCUCUCCGUCUCCACAGGGAUGAUAGCCGCUCACCAGCUGUACAACUAUAUAGCGGAUCAUGCGAGUACUUAUCACAUGAAGCCUCUGCGCAUGAGCAGACCUGUGGCCGCAGGGAGCAAUGGAAAGAAAAGUGUUAACGGAGAGCAGAACGAAUAUGGCUUGGUGUCCAUCUGGAACAGCUCAGGAACAUACAAAGAUUCGGAGGGGCUCAAGCACCAUGAUGAUUUCGAUGUGUCGCUUCUGGUGUGCCACAGCGCGGUGCCGUUCGAGGAGCAAUCUGACCAGGAUAGACAUGUCCUCAGGCUCCGCUUCUAUGUUAUCAUGACGAGCCAGAGGGAACUGUUUCCCCGUCUCACGGCAGACAUGCGCCGCUUUAAGAAGCCGCCGAGGCUCAAGAGAGACGCCGAGGAGCUCGACGGAGGGCUGGAGCCCGGAAAGUAUCAAAGGCUUGAGGCGGAGAACCCCGAAGACGCCACCGAAGGAGACGAAGGCAGGAUGGGAUCCGGGAACUUUUACAAUCCGCUGUUGGCUAACGAGGUCAAAACGGCUAACAGACAGUUGGAGGAGAUGGUGAAGCUCGCCAAGUGUCACUGCCGCAGGGAUAACCUGUGGAAAAGACUCUACCUCUUGGAGCCCAUGGCCUCCGAUAAACUAAGGCUGGGCAAACUCAGCUCCACGGAGCUGCAGGAGCUGCUGGAGGCUGUGCACGGCAGGAGCGUGGCGGAGAUUGACCCUCAGCUGGAUUUUCUCCUGUCGAUGAGCGUCCCGUGGUAUCAGAGUCUUAUUAAAGUCCUUCUGAGCAGAUUUCCCCAGAGCUGUCGGCAUUUCCACAGUCCGGAGAGCGGCACCCAGUAUCUGGUGGUGCUCAACCAGAAAUUCACCGAUUGUUUCGUACUGGUUUUCCUCGAUUCCCACGCCAGCAAAACGAGCCUGAAGGUUGUGUUCAGAGAACCGUUCCCAGAGCAGCCCCAGAACAGCGAGAGUCCGCUGCCACAGCUGGUUUCCACGUACCACCACCUGGAGUCGGUCAUUAACACCGCCUGCUUCAACCUGUGGAGCGGCCUGCUGUGACUCCCACUAUCCUCAACCUGUGGAGCGGCCUGCUGU